AUGGCUUCGUGGCUGGCGAGAUGCUGCGGUCGAACGCCUCCAAGGACUGAUGGUAACGACGGCGGCGACGAUCAUGAUGAUCUGUUGCUCUGGUCGAACAGUCUGCUGCCGCAUUAUGUCGGUGAGUUCUCUGCCGCGAUUGUGCAGGCGAACGUGCUCGUCGAGGACCAGCUGCAGGUGGAGACGUUCCGGUGCGGCACGUUCGUCGGCGUGUACGACGGCCAUGGAGGCGACGAUUGCUCGACAUACGUCGCACAGCGCCUCUUCAAGAAUUUUCUAAGGAUUGCAAAGGAGAAUCCGAAUGGAACCGUGGGAAACGCCAUCCGAGAUGCCUUCAUGGCCACAGACAACGAGUUUCUACGGCUGGUGGAGACGUCGAGAGAAGAGAAUCCGCUGAUUGCAGCGGCCGGCUCGUGCGGCCUGGUGGGAGUCAUUUGGGAAGGCAAGGUCUACGUUGCGAAUGCAGGUGACUCGCGGGCAGUGCUCGGACGCUUGGUCCGCAACAACCAGAUCGUCGCCCAGCAGUUGAGCGAGGAUCACAACCCCAACAACGCAAGUGUGAGGGAGGCUUUAAUUUCCAGUCACUCCGACGAUCCCAACAUCGUCGUGCAGAAGAACGGCGUCUGGCGCGUUAAGGGCAUCAUUCAGUUAACAAGGGCACUUGGGGAUGGAUACUUGAAGAGAGCGGAGUUCGCUCUUCCUGCAGAACAUACACGUUUCCAACUUCCAGCGCCGCUGCAAAGGCCAGCACUAACAGCGGAACCAUCAAUGCAGGAACACACCAUUCAGCCAGAAGACAGGUUCUUAAUUUUUGCAUCGGACGGUCUAUGGGAUUGUCUCAGCAAUCAGCAAGCUGUCGACAUUGUUUUCGCAAGCCCCCGAGCUGGAAUAGCAAGAAGAUUGAUCAGAACUGCAAUGCAAGUGAUAGAGAACAGGUGUGGACUGAGAUACGAGCUCAUCAAGAUGGUCGCCCCGGGGGAACGGCGUGCUUGCCACGAUGACAUUAGUGUCGUGGUUGUUUACAUAGAGCACGAGAUGACUGGGAGUGGGAGAGGCCACAGUGCCUCGGCCGCCUCGGUGUCGGUCAGAGGAUUUGGAAACCCUGAGGGACCGUCUGAAUUCACAGUGUUGGAUGAAGUGGAAAGAUGA